AUGUCUGUGACUACAUCAUAUGGAUCAUCGUUUGAUUCGGAAAGCAACGUUAUUUCGUUGGACAAUAAGAUUAUUUCACUUGAGCUCUUAUCGGACAAUUAUGAGAAAUAUGUGGAAAAGGCGGAAUACUUGGAAUAUAAGGUGAAAGAUUAUCGGCGAAAUCAUCGAAAAAAUGAGAAGGAGAUGUCGCAGAAGCUCGCUGCAAUGAAGAAUUCUUUUGAGCGAGUUGGUAAUGAACUGCGCGAGGCUUGCGAUAAUCGAUUGGCGAAGCUGAAACAGACAUUGCAGCCGUUGCUCUCCUUCAGCCCGGAAGCGAUUCAGAGUGUUGGCCAGAAGCUCGACGAAAAUGAGGAGACGGCGAUGCUGAAACACAAAAUCAUGAAGAUCAUGUCGAAAAUAUCGGGAAUCGAGGCGACCGCAAAAAGCACCACCGAGUUGUCGGCGCGACAGAAUGAUGCGAUUGCGCGAUUCGAGGAGGUCACACGAGUGUUGGCUUUGGCAAAUGAUAUUCCGCAAAGUGAUGAGCGCUUUAACAUUGUCAAUGCUCCGAUGGCCCUUUUGGCGUUGACACUGACGCCCAACAUUGCUCCAUUUUACAGGCAGAAGCUCAAGAGCCUUGAAGAGCGCUUGUCGGUGAUUGCGGCUCAACUUCGAUUCAACAAUGGUAGCACUAAGGAAAUGACGACACUCGAUGGCGAAGUGACGACGACGAGCUUGUCAACGGCGACCGAUGGGCGUUUUAAGAAUGGCGAGAUUUCCGGCAAAUCGACAGAUCCCACCGAGUAUCCCGUUGCUCGUUCGCUGUAA